CCGGGGUAGGAGGUGCGCGGAGGUGUAGGCAGCGUGUGUUGGCGUGUGAGCCAGUGAGUGGUGCAGUGUCCGUGCAGCGCCGUGCCGUGUGCCAGCGGGAACGAACCGACGACACCACACGGCACCACCUGCCCGUGCCGGGCUCCGCUCCUUCAAUGUGGUCAGUGAUGGCGGCCGCUCCCGGGCGCCGGCUGGCCCUCGCGGCGCUCGCGCUGCUCUCGCUGUGGGCGCCGUCGCUCGCCGCGUCGUCGCCGCCGCGGCGCCGCAGCGUCGCCGUGCUGGCCGACGACACGUACCCCGGCUACGGCGUGAAGCAGUUCGCGGCGCAGCCCGGCGCCUCGUACCGCCUGCUCGACACCGGCUUCUCGCAGUUCUUCGCGGUCGUGAGCGGCGGCCUGCUGAUGACGACGGCCGACCUGCACCCGCUGGUGGGCCGGCCCGUGUCGCUGGCCGUGCUCGAGGACGCGGGCAACCGCUCCAGCACGCACUCGCUGCAGCUGCUCGUGCUGGACCGGCGCGACAUGCUGCGCUUCCGCGAGGCGGCGGCGCCGGCGCGGGUGCGCGAGAACGCGCCGCCGGGCGCCUCCGUCGCCCACCUGGCGCUGGCGGGCGGCGCGGGCGGCGGCGUGCGCUACGCCAUCGUGGCCGGCGACCCCGGCGGCGACUUCCGGCUGGCGGCGCCCGGCGCCACCGGCGUCGCCGUCGAGACGGCGCGGCCGCUGGACCGCGAGAAGACGCCGGCGUACAACCUGACGGUGGAGGCGGCGGACGGCCGCGGCGCCGACAGGGCCGUCACGACGCUGCCCGUCGAGGUGCUCGACGAGAACGACAACAGCCCCGUGUUCUCCAGCAGGGUGUACCGCUUCUCCGUGGACGUGGGCGGCCGCGCCUCCGGCCGCUUCCGGACGGUCGGCAAGGUGGCGGCGACGGACGCGGACGGCGACCGCGUGGCGUACCGGCUGGCGGCGCCCAGCGGCCUGGUCGUGGUCGUGCCGCAGACGGGGGAGCUGCUGCUCGCCGAGGAGCCGCCCGAGGACGACGUCGAGUACGAGAUCGCGGUCGAGGCGCACGACCUGCGCUCGCCCAGCCGCACCUCGCAGGCUCCGGCGCAGGUCUGGCUCCAGUUCAGCGCGCCCGCCGACGUCGACGAGCCCUCGGCGGCGACCGCCAACGCGACCGUCGACGACGACGAGGACGAGGACGAGGACGAGGACGACGGCGCGAACGAGGUGGCCUCCGAGGGGUGGUCGGAGCGGUCUCGCGCCCGCGUGCACCGCAUCGCCAAGCGGCGGGUGACGCGCGCCGUGCGGCCCACCAAGCGCAUCGAGUUCACCGAGGCGGACGGCGGCACCGAGGGCCGCGCCGUCUUCACCCUGGAGAAGGAGACCGAGCGGGAGACCUUCAAGAUCCGCGACGAGAACCCCUGGGUCACCGUCGAGCCCAACGGCGCCGUCCGCGUCAAGAAGAAGUGGGACUACGAGGAGCUGGGCCCGGAGAAGACCAUCGACUUCUGGGUCACCAUCACCAACGCCGGAGGAGGAGGAGACACGGACAACCAGCGGGUGAUCAUCCACGUGAAAGACGUGAACGACGAGCCGCCCUAUUUCAUCAACCGUCCGCUGCCGAUGCAGGCGGUGGUACAGCUGAACGCGCCGCCAAACACGCCAGUCUUCACGCUGCAGGCCCGAGACCCGGACACCGACCACAACAUCCACUACUUCAUCGUCCGCGACCGCACUGGUGGAAGAUUUGAGGUGGAUGAGCGCUCAGGUGUAGUUCGAACAAGAGGAACCGACCCCUUCCAGUUGGACAUGGAGUAUGUGCUGUACGUUAAAGCAGAAGAUCAGAAUGGGAGAGUGGAUGAGCGACACUUCCAGUCAACACCUGAGGAAAGGCUGUCCAUUGUUGGUGGCAAACGUGCUCCACAAUUCUACAUGCCGUCAUAUGAAGCUGAGAUCCCAGAAAACCAGAAGAAAGAUUCUGACAUUAUUUCUGUAAAAGCAAAGUCCUUUGCAGACCGUGAAAUUAGGUACACACUGAAAGCUCAGGGCCAGGGAGCAGGCACAUUUAACAUUGGCCCUACAUCAGGCAUUGUUAAGCUGGCAAAGGAAUUGGAUUUUGAAGAUCUGAGGCAGCCCCAUGUUUACUCUCUGAUAGUGACAGCCACAGAAGAUUCUGGUGGAUUUUCAACAUCUGUAGAGCUUACAAUUCGAGUUACUGACGUUAAUGAUAAUGCACCAAAGUUUGAGCUGCCAGAUUACCAGGCUCAUAAUGUUGAUGAAGAUAUACCAUUGGGAACAUCUAUACUGAAAGUUAAAGCUACAGAUUCAGACUCAGGAGCAAAUGCUGAAAUUGAAUACUUGGUGUCUGAUGAUCAUUUCAGUGUUGAUUCAAGUGGUAUUAUUACCAAUAAUAAACAGCUGGAUGCAGAUAACAAUAAUGCAUACUAUGAAUUUGUUGUUACUGCUAAAGACAAAGGUGAGCCAUCAAAAACUGGAACAGCAACAGUCAGAAUCUACACAAAGAACAAAAAUGAUGAAGAACCAAAGUUUUCUCAGCAAGUCUACACCCCAAAUGUGGAUGAAAAUGCAGGACCAAAUACACUGGUCACAACAGUUGUAGCUUCAGAUAAGGAUGGUGACAAUGUUCGAUUUGGUUUUGUUGGUGGUGGGACCUCAUCUGGACAGUUUGUGAUUGAGGAAAUAACAGGUGUAAUUCGAUUACACGGGAAUGAGAUAUCACUAGAUAGAGACAAAUAUGAACUUAAUGUUACAGCGAUGGAUGAUGGAUCAUGCUGUGUUAAUGGUGAUAGCACAAUUCAUACAAGCACAGCAGUAGUUGUUGUUUUUAUAACAGAUGUCAAUGAUAACAAACCAGUAUUCAAAGACUGUGGUACAUAUGCACCAAAAGUAGAGGAAGGAGCUCCUAAUGGAAGUCCUGUUAUAAAGGUACAUGCAACAGAUGAGGAUAAGGGUGUCAAUGGGCAAGUGAAGUACUCAAUUGUUCAACAGCCAAACCAGAAAGGUACAAAAUUUACUGUUGAUGAAGAAACUGGAGAAGUGUCUACAAAUAAGGUGUUUGACCGUGAAGGCGAUGAUGGAAAAUUUGUAUCUGUAACAGUAAAGGCAACAGAUCAAGGUGAACCUUCACUGGAAGGUGUCUGCUCAUUCACAGUUGAAAUUACUGAUGUUAAUGACAAUCCACCUUUGUUUGACAGACAGAAAUACAUUGAAAAUGUCAAGCAGGAUGCAAGUAUUGGUACCAACAUUUUGCGUGUCUCAGCUUCUGAUGAAGAUGCUGACAAUAAUGGUGCUAUUGUUUAUUCUCUGAGUGCUCCAUAUAACCCGUCAGACUUGGAAUAUUUUGAGAUUCAACAAGAGUCUGGCUGGAUUGUUCUGAGGAAGCCUUUGGAUCGAGAGACAUACAAGUUGGAGGCCAUGGCUCAAGAUAAAGGAUACCCUCCCUUGUCCCGAACCGUCGAAGUCCAAAUAGAUGUUGUGGACCGUGCAAACAAUCCUCCAGUGUGGGACCAUGUUCAGUAUGGGCCCAUCUACAUUAAAGAAAACAUGCCAGUUGGUGCAAAAGUUGUGUCCGUUAAAGCCAGCUCAGGCAUAGACGGAAAUCCAACUGUAUUCUAUCGUUUAAUGCCUGGAUCUACAGCUCAAACAAAUAAGUAUCAUACGUUCUACCUACAGCAAAGAACUGAUAAUGGAUUUACUUGGGCAGAUAUAAAAGUAAAUCAUCCACUUGAUUAUGAGUCAAUUAAGGAGUACAAUCUCACCAUACGAGUUGAGAAUAAUGGAGCUCAACAACUAGCAUCAGAGGCUACGGUCUAUAUCAUGUUAGAAGAUGUAAAUGAUGAAAUUCCUUUAUUUACUGAGAGAGAGCAAGAAACUGUACUUGAAGGAGAACCAAUUGGAACAAAGGUCACUCAGGUCAAUGCGAUUGACAAAGAUGGGACUUUUCCCAACAACCAGGUGUACUACUACGUCGUGGACUCGCCCAGGAACGAAGGCAAGGGUUUCUUCGAGAUCAACGAGCAGUCUGGAGAGGUGUUCACCAAAGUGGUGUUCGACCGCGAGAAGCAGGGCGCCUACGCGUUGGAGGUGGAGGCUCGAGAUGGCGCGCCCUCAGCUCGUCCCAACAGCAACGGACAGCCCAACUCCGUGACGAAGUUCAUCCGCAUUGGCAUCGCGGACAAAAAUGACAACCCGCCCUACUUCGACAAGGCGCUGUACGAGGCAGAGGUGGACGAGAACGAGGACAUCCAGCACACGGUGCUCACCGUCACCGCCAAGGACCACGACGAGUCGUCCCGUAUUCGAUAUGAGAUUACGAGCGGGAACAUAGGCGGCUCGUUCGCGGUGAAGAAUAUGACGGGUGCCAUCUACGUGGCGGGCCCGCUGGACUACGAGACCAGGAAGCGGUAUGAGCUGCGCCUGGCGGCCUCGGACAACCUCAAGGAGAAUUACACGACGGUGGUGAUCCACGUGAAGGACGUGAACGACAAUCCGCCGGCCUUCGAGAGGCCGACCUACCGCACGCAGAUCACUGAAGAGGACGACCGAAACCUGCCAAAGCGCGUGCUGCAGGUCACAGCAACUGAUGGUGAUAAAGAUCGACCACAGAAUAUUGUCUACUUCUUGACAGGUCAAGGAAUUGAUCCUGAUAAUCCAGCCAACAGCAAAUUUGAUAUAAAUAGGACAACAGGAGAAAUCUUUGUUCUUAAGCCAUUGGACAGGGACCAGCCAAAUGGCCGUCCUCAGUGGAGGUUUACAGUUUUUGCUCAAGAUGAAGGUGGAGAAGGUCUUGUUGGUUAUGCUGAUGUACAAGUAAAUCUAAAAGAUAUCAAUGAUAAUGCACCAGUUUUCCCCCAAGGGAUAUAUUUUGGAAAUGUCACAGAGAAUGGGACUGCUGGCAUGGUUGUUAUGACUAUGACAGCAGUAGACUAUGAUGAUCCAAGUGAAGGCACAAAUGCAAGACUUAUCUAUUCUAUUGAAAAGAAUGUCAUAGAAGAAGAGACUGGCUCACCAAUAUUUGAAAUUGAAUCAGAAACAGGUGUAAUUAAGACAGCUGUGUGUUGUCUUGACCGUGAACGCACACCAGAUUAUUCAAUACAGGUUGUUGCCAUGGAUGGUGGAGGGCUUAAAGGAACUGGAACAGCUUCUAUAAGAGUAAAAGAUAUUAAUGAUAUGCCACCUCAGUUUACAAAGGAUGAAUGGUUUACUGAAGUUGAUGAAACAGAUGGAACUAACUUGCCUGAUACUCCCAUAUUAACUGUAACUGUUCAUGAUGAAGAUGAGACAAAUAAAUUCCAAUAUAAAGUUAUCGAAAACAGUGGUUAUGGUGCUGAUAAGUUCACUAUGGUAAGAAACAAUGACGGAACAGGAUCACUAAAGAUAGUCCAACCAUUGGAUUAUGAAGACCAGCUUCAGAGUAAUGGAUUCCGUUUCCGGAUACAAGUCAAUGAUAAGGGAGAAGACAAUGAUAAUGAUAAGUACCAUGUGGCAUACUCUUGGGUCGUCGUAAAACUGAGGGACAUCAAUGACAAUAAGCCACAAUUUGAGCGUCCAAACAUUGAAGUGUCUGUAUUUGAAAGUGCUGAAUUGGGGAAAACCCUUGAAACCUUUAAGGCCAGUGAUCCAGAUCAAGGGGGCAAAAGUAAAGUAAAAUACGCCAUUGAUCGAACAUCAGACAGAAAGCGACAGUUUUCUAUUAAUCAAGAGGGGACUGUAUCUAUUCAGAGGAAGCUUGACAGAGAAGAGACACCAAGGCACCAGGUAAAAGUCUUAGCUAUUGAUGACGGAGUGCCACCGAAAACAGCAACAGCUACACUCACUGUUAUAGUUCAAGACAUAAAUGACAAUGCUCCCACAUUCUUGAAGGAUUAUAGACCUGUAUUACCUGAGCAUGUACCACCUCGGAAGGUAGUAGAAAUACUUGCAACAGAUGAUGAUGACAGAUCAAAAAGCAAUGGACCACCAUUCACAUUCAGGAUGGACCCAAAUGCAGAUGAUGUUAUACGUGCAUCAUUCAAAGUUGAACAUGAUCAAAAGGGUGCUAAUGGAGAUGGAAUGGCAGUUGUUUCGUCACUCCGAUCAUUUGACCGAGAACAGCAGAAGGAGUACUUGAUUCCCAUUGUUAUAAAGGAUGCUGGUAAUCCUGCAAUGUCUGGCACUAGCACACUUACUGUAGUCAUUGGUGAUGUCAAUGACAACAAAAUGCAACCUGGUUCAAAGGAAAUAUUUGUCUACAAUUACAUGGGGCAGGCUCCAGACACAGAAAUUGGACGUGUUUAUGUUUAUGAUCUGGAUGAUUGGGAUUUGCCAGACAAAAAGUUUUACUGGGAAGGAAUAGAUCAUCCCAGAUUUAAACUGAAUGAAGAUUCAGGCAUGAUAAUCAUGAGACAUGGCACACAGGAUGGCAGGUAUAAUUUAAGGUUCAAGGUGUAUGACCGUAAACACACUCAGACUGAUGUACAAGCAAACGUAACAGUCAUUGUCAGAGAGAUUCCACACGAUGCUGUUAUUAACUCUGGCUCUAUAAGAAUAGCUGGUAUUACAGAUGAAGAUUUCAUUAGAGUGUGGAACUACAGGACACAAAGUCUUCAGAGGAGCAAAGCUGAUCGAUUCAGAGACAAACUAGCCGAAUUGCUUGAUACAGAAAGGGAAAAUGUUGAUGUUUUUAGUGUACAGUUACGAAAAAAGCAUCCGCCUGUCACGGAUAUUAGAUUUGCAGCCCAUGGCUCCCCAUACUAUAAACCUGUGAGACUGAAUGGACUCGUGCUUAUGCACAGAGAGGAGAUUGAAAAAGAUGUUGGUAUAAAUAUAACUAUGGUAGGAAUUGAUGAGUGCCUUUAUGAAAAUGUGAUGUGUGAAGGAAGUUGUACAAAUAUACUAGACAUUAGUAAUUUACCAUACAUGGUUAAUGCUAACAAGACCGCACUGGUAGGAGUGCGUGUUGAUGUCAUAGCAGAAUGUACUUGUGGUGCACGUAAUUUCAGUAAAGGAGAGAGCUGUAGAUUGAGUCCAUGUUAUAAUGGAGGACGUUGUAUGGAGGGCAGAUUUGGACUGAGUUGUUCAUGUCCAACUGGUUAUAGUGGUCCAAGGUGUCAGCAGACAGGUCGUAGUUUCCGAGGAAAUGGAUGGGCGUGGUAUCCUCCUCUGGAAAUGUGUGAUAGUUCUCAUCUCAGCCUUGAGUUUAUAACCAAAAAGAAAGAUGGAAUGCUGCUUUAUAAUGGACCUAUUGUGCCUCCAGAGUCUAAUGAAAUUAUUGUGUCAGAUUUUAUUUCCUUAGAGCUUGAAAGUGGAAUGCCUAAGCUUUUAAUUGAUUUUGGAUCAGGCACUCUGGAACUACGUGUGAAAACAAAAAAGAGUUUAGAUGAUGGAGAGUGGCACAGAGUUGAUAUAUUUUGGGAUACUGAGAAUGUUCGCAUGGUAAUAGAUUACUGCAAAUCUGCUGAUGUAGUUGAACUGGAAGAUGGAACUCCACCAGAUUUUGAUGAUUCAAGCUGUCAGGCACAUGGUACCAUUCCACCAUUUAAUGAAUACCUGAAUGUGAAUGCGCCAUUGCAACUUGGAGGUUGGUUUGUGGAAGCUAUUAACCCAGAAUUGUACCACUGGCAUGCAGCACCAUCUGGAAAAGGUUUUGAUGGUUGUAUUAAAAAUGUCUUCCACAACAGCAAGCUUUAUGACCUUGCUCAUCCUGGCCAUCAUCGCAACAGUGUAGCUGGUUGCCCUCAGACAGAGGAAAUAUGCAACACACAGGACUCUACUAUUCGCUGUUGGGAACAUGGUACUUGUGUAGGUAGUUUCUCAGAGGGGCGUUGUGAGUGCAAACCUGGAUGGACAGGUCCCAGCUGUACUCUGCCUACUGUGCCCACUAUGUUCAAGACACAGAGCUAUGUCAAGUAUGCUUUGUCCUUUGAGCCCGAUCGCUUCUCUACUCAGAUGCAGCUUAGGUUUCGCACAAGAGAGCAACAUGGUGAACUAUUCCGUGUCAGUGACCAGCACAACCGGGAAUAUGGAAUUCUUGAGAUUAAAGAUAGCAGAUUACAUUUCCGCUAUAAUCUUAAUAGUCUUCGUACUGAGGAGAAAGAUCUCUGGUUAAGUGCAGUUGCAGUGGAUGAUGGACAAUGGCAUACAGCUAAGGUUUCACGACAUGGUUCAGCUGCAACUUUGGAACUCGAUGGUGGCGAAGGCCGUAGAUAUAACGAAACUUUCACCUUUGAGGGACACCAGCUUUUACUGGUAGAUAAGCAGGAAGGUGUUUAUGCUGGAGGAAAAGCAGAAUAUACAGGAGUUCGAACAUUUGAAGUUUAUGCUGAUUACCAGAAAGGCUGCCUGGAUGACAUCAGACUGGAAGGGAAACAUCUGCCUCUGCCUCCUGCAAUGAACGGGACUCAAUGGGGACAGGCAACAAUGGCUAGAAACUUAGAGCGUAACUGCCCUUCUAAUAAACCAUGUGCUAAUGUCAUCUGUCCUGAUCCAUUUGAGUGUGUUGAUCUGUGGAAUGAAUAUGAAUGCACCUGUCCCACUGGAUUCCGAAUUCAGGGCAGAGAUUGUGUAAACGAAGAUGAAUGUGAAUGGAGGCCCUGCCUCAAUGGAGGCCGUUGUGUUGACUUUGCUGAUGAACGUCAUUACGCCUGUCUUUGUCCUCCUGGUUUCAAGGGAAUACAUUGUGAACUGGAACAGCUUGAAUCAGGAAUAAUUAAACCAUCCACAAAUUUCAUCAUAGCCAUCAUAUCUUGUGUGAUUCUCUUAAUAAUAUUGGUCCUAGUCUUCGUAGUGUACAACAGACGCCGUGAAGCUCACAUAAAGUAUCCAGGACCAGAUGAUGAUGUCCGUGAAAAUAUUAUUAAUUAUGAUGAUGAGGGUGGUGGAGAAGAUGACAUGACAGCUUUUGACAUCACACCUCUGCAGAUUCCUAUUGGGGGGCCAAUACCUGAGAUGACUGGAAAGAUGCCAUAUUCACAUUUUCCGGUGCCUCCUUUGGGGUCUGAGCCAAAUGUCGGUGUCUUUAUUGAAGAACACAAGAAACGUGCUGAUGCAGAUCCUAAUGCUCCUCCAUUUGAUGACUUGAGGAACUAUGCAUAUGAGGGAGGCGGUAGUACAGCAGGCUCUUUAUCAUCUUUAGCAUCUGGCACUGAUGACAAUGAGCAGGACUUUGAUUAUUUGGGUGCAUGGGGUCCACGGUUUGACAAACUGGCUGAUAUGUAUGGACAAGAAGGUGAAGAAAGUGAAGAAGAACAGUAAAGGGAAGCUACAGUCCUCCACCAGUCAUUUUUAGCAGAGUCUGUUAGAUAUUUACUGCAGUGCAGGUGGUUUGAACACCUCAUUUUGAGGUGAGUCGAAACAGAAGCAUUUAUCAUGUGCUGUAGACAAGAACUGUGUUGGCACUAAUCUGAUCUCGUUGGUAGGGAGAAUCUGAAGCCCUAGUCUAUCCCUGGCACUCUAUUCCUUUUACAUGGACCUGCCCUGUGCCAGAUAUUUACCUCAACUCAGGAUUUGCAGAUUAACUCACACUGUUAUAGUAUCUUAUAUGAAGAAAAGAAUUUGUUCAUGUAGAGGUAAGAUUCCUCUUACUGAACAACAUGGACUGUCUAAUUCCUGUUCCUCAUAGGUCACUAUCCCAGAAACUGGCCUAAAAAUUCAUACUUUUGAUAUAAGAAGAAGAAAAAGAUGAAGUCAAUUACUUCGGGCAUAUAGAAGAACUGAUUUCAGGGGGAUAAAGUUACAGUCUCAAAGUUCGUGAUGCAGGCCACAGGCCUUUUUCUUGGUAGUAUACCUAUGAUGCUCCUAGGCCUUUUUAAGUGAGAUUAUGCGAAAGUAAUUUUAAGACAAAUAAGACUGUAAAGGCCCACAAUCAACGUGAGUCUCACUAUGCUGUGUUCUUGAGUAUAGGAUGAGCACGAUGCCAGUAUUUAUAAACAAGUGUACAUGUAUUGUUCUCUUAAUGUGAAUCAAUUGUAACUGUGAAUGUUUUGUACAUAGUUGUCAUAGAGUAGAGAUGAGUUACGUAACUGUGAAAAAGUUUGUCCUGUACUGUAGAUUAUGAACUGUAAAUAGGUUGUCAUUGUGUUGUAAUGUUUAAAGUACAGUAUACCAAGCCAAGGAUUAGUAAUUUAUUUCAUGUUUACAUUGUAAUAUUAUGGGCUCAACUUGAAAGAAGGCUACUGUGCUCAUCUUUCCUCCAAGGCCACAGUUUCUGUGACAUUUCUGUAUGUGUAUGAUUUGUAUUUGUUCCUGUUCAUAUGAGCGUGGAUGUAUGAGAGUGUGUGUCAGUUAAAAAAAGUCGCAAGUGGCUGUUGAGCGUUGUGCCAUUCCUCAAGUAAGAAAGGACUGGGUAAUUGAGUGUAGUAUGAAAGAUAUAUAUAGUUUGAUUGUCAGCACACUAGCUGGAAAUAAAUCAAAAAGGUAGCUUGGAGAAUGUAUUUAUUAUUCUUUUACCCUUCUUCUUUUGGCAUGAAAUUAUGUCAAUUAUGAGAAUGUGUAGUGUAAACUCACAGAAAAAUCACAUUAAUGUUUUGCACUUGUGUAUCAAUUUGUAGUGUUAGUCAUAUUUUAAUACAUGUACAAUGUAAAAUACUUUGGUCUUCAUUCAAAAUGUAUAAUUAUGUGUAUCAUCAUACUUACGUUGUGAUGGUGUGAUUGUUUGAGUAAAGUGUGUAACUUAUUUGUGUGUUCAAGACCUUAGUAAGGAGAUUUAUUUGUACUUUAGUUAAUUAAUUGUUCUAGUAUAUUUUAAGCUCUGUAGCCAAAGUAAUCAUUUCAGUUUUGUAUUUCUUUUUGUGAGUCAUGCCAUCCUAAUAACUGUUUUUUUUAACUACUGUAUCAGAUUUUGUCAUAUUGAAUAAUUAAUUGCACCAGUUUAUAAAAUGGUAAUUAUUUUUUCUGUUUUCAUUUCUGCUAUUGAAGUAGUACUCUUAUGUAACUGCAAGCAGUAAACUGCCUCAUACAUUCAGUGUAGCAGCUGAACAAAAUGAAUGGUAAAAUCUGUAUGUGAUAAAUAUUGUGACUGUGCUGUUGAUGAGUUCAUCAACAGAAAGUGGCCACAGGACAGUUCUCCUGUUGGAGAUCUGGUACAUGUUUUCAAUUUCUUAUACUAAACAGGACUGACAGUUUUUUAAGAAUUAAUUUUUCUAUCUUUAUGGUGAUGAAUGGGAUACUUUGUACAUGUUAAAGAUAAUGCUCAAAAACAAAAGCUCUCCAGUACUCUGUAACUUAUGUUGCAAACUCUAAUGGGGUGAACUUUUUUUGUUCAGAAUAGUGGUGUAAUAAUAAUUUGUUCAUGUAGUAUCUGAAUAUUUCUAUUGUCUUACAUUGUUGCUUCUACAAUCAUUUUUUUAAAUUUGUUAACUUUUUCCUGAUAUCGCUUUUGUUUAUAAGAUUGCAAGAAAUUAACAUAUACAGCUUCAGUAAGCACAAAAUUGGGAAAAUUAUAUUAAAAAAGCAUUUGGGAUUAUUGACCAUAUGUUAAUUAAAUAUAAUUUCACAUAAUAAAUAAAAAUCCAGUAACUGAAACAGGCAAUCAGUUGUCUGAGGCAAUUAGUAAUAAGAGAAUAUGUAACUGAAAACCCUGAUAUCUAGAUAUUGUGUCAGGCUGUGACAAUUGGCUCAAAUUUGUAGAGAAGUUACAUCAGUAUUAGUGCUCAUGAAAGCCUUCUGCAUGGCAUGGUGUGUAAAAUAAUGUGUGAGAAAGCAAGUAACUGUGGUUCAUUUUCAUGACGAUAUAAUGUAAAACUGCAGUUAAAGGCAUGUAAUCUAAAAGCUCAAAUUGUCACUGCCAUUACAGAAUUUAAUGAACAUUUCUACCACUUUGAUUCAAAACACAGUGUAAAGAUCAAAAUGAAAAAGAAGUACAUCUAUGUAAAUUUUUGGGCAUAGUUCAGCAUGAGAUAUUCAGAUAUUUUUUAAUCACUGAGAGAAGUAAGGAGGCAGUACUCUGCCUACAUAGUGACAAGAAAAGGAGAUUUUGUACAAUUUUGAACUAAUAGGAAAGCCACAUUACACUCCUCAUUAUCACCAUUAUCACAUCAAACAUUAUGAUUGUUUCUUACAUGAACCAUGAUACACUGACUGUGGGUUAAUUAAAAACCACUAAAUUCUGUCCUUAAUGACUUUUGAGACAUAUUUGUUGUUUUAUUUUUAUUAUAUUUAUAUAACUGUAAAAUGUGUUUCAGUAGUGCAUAUUGAAAAAAAUGAUAGAUUUGUGACUAAUGUGAACUCAGAGGUUGUGGUAGCUUGCUGAUAGUUUUAUUUAUGGACAUACAUUUUUGCAUAUUGUUUAAAUAUUAAUAUUGAAAAUCAGCAGUUGGACCAAAAAUGACAGUCAUUCUCUAAAACUAGCACCGGAAAGUUGGAAAAGUUUUUUUGUAUCUGAAGUCAUUGAAACUUUAAUUGUAUUCCAAAACAUAAAUUGCAAUGCGUGAAACUGAAAAUUAACCCAGAGAAGUGGUUCAGUGUGCGGUUACAGUAUUUGUACCUUCAUCUACAUUGUUAUGUAUUGGAUGUGCAUGAUAUUUUUUGAAUUUCAUUUCUAGAACUGUAUGCUGUAAUUUCAUUAUGUGAGCAAGGUGCAAGCCAACAUGACAGAACCUUAAUCCCUGAGCUUGCUAUGUUAAUUGUGUAAUUUUUCAUUGCCAACUGAAAUCUUGGAAUAAUAAAGUGUAAUUUAUAAU